AAAGCCAAGUCAAGACAAGAUCAAUCAGCUGUACGGACGGUAGGGUGUGCGCGUAUGGGAAGCAGGUACGUAGUACAUGACAAGUGUUUUAUGUGGCAAGUUUAUCCGAGUUUUCCCUCUCUGUCGCCGCAUAAACACACGGAAUUGGCAACCACCCUUAUUCUUCUUCACUCCUGCCAAACUGUAGCUGGACGGCGCGACACUGCGGAUGGUCAUCUGGAAGCGCUGUUGGAUUGUUGGCCCAGGCUGAACCAGAGGGGCAUAAGUUCACUCGCUUGGUUAUCUGCAUCUCGAAGGUCUGCAGAACUAGAGCAGCCCGAUUGAAAAUAACUCAGAUUGUUUCGCGAGGACGUCCACUUUGCGCGCACGAAACAAGCGCGCACGGACGGUCACCCAUUUGACAGUCGCUAGCGAGCAGUUUCCAUCCUAGGGCGAGUCAGUGGGCAGUCAGUAUGACAGUCGCUCGCCGGGCGCUGGACUCGGUCGGGACCGCCCACACUUCAGUGCCGCGAUAGUUAGCGCUGCGUGGUUCCGUGCGCAUAUCGGCGCGUUCCGGGCACUCUUAUUCCUACGGCGAACCGCCGUGUCGCGGCCAGCAGCAUGAGCGUCGAGAAUCGGCCGCCGAACUUGGAGAACCUGGACAACUGCGCGUCCAGGCUGCGGCGCGACGAAGAGGCCGACGCCAACGGCGUGACCAGCGACGAGGACGUCCCGGCGGCGAGCCCGUCGGUGUCGCCGCUGGCGUCGAUCGACGGCGGCGACGACUCGCCCACGUCGGACGACAUGCCGGACGCGAUGACCGCCUCGUACAGCGAGAUCUACCAGGAAGGGGACAACGACGACGACCUGCUGCCGGGCGAAAUCUCGGACCUGGCCGAGGUGCAGGACGCCACGCUGGGCAUCAACGAGCUCGUCGACCAGAUCAACCGCGAGGAGCGGGAGGGCACCGCUCGCGCUACCUCGUCGCGUGCCAACUCCAGCAGCAGACCUCAGAGCCUGGGUGUCAAGGCGGCCAAGCCGCACCAAAGUAGCCGUCUUCCCUCUGCGAUGACGGACAGCCAAAUCACCAGCCCUGGCUCGUCCAUGAUGAGUGCCGAGGAGGCGUUUGAGGACUCGCCACUCUUACGGCACGGAGCCACCGGUGGCGUGGGACUGUCCGACCUCGCUGGGACGCUCACGUACGAGGGCGACAUGGUCAGCUUUGUUGCCGAGGACCUUCAGGAGAAGAUCAAGCUGAGCAGUCCUGUCAGCAAGGUUGCAGAACCGUUUCCUUCAUCGUGUUCCUCAACGUCGAGUCUGUGCCGGCAGAUGUAUGCCCCACACAUUGCUCCCAUCGAUCCAAGUGCCUUGGCCGACUUGGAAGAAGAAGCACGAACGGUCGCAGCCUCGGUCGAGACUCUGCUCGAGAGCCUCACCACAGCCAUGCACGGGAUCUCAUCCAUGACGGUGGACUGCAUGAGGUUGUAUGAGAAGGGCAUCUCCAAGACUUGCGAUGUGGCAGAUUCCAACAUCAAGGCGAUGUACCAGCUAAUGGCCAAGUUUGAAGAGCUGAGCAACUCCAUGCGACCGCUGGACGGCCUCGUAGCAGAAGUGAAGAGCAUAAAGAAGCUGCUGGACCACUUCGAGAAUGCUGUGGAGGGUAGGAUCUGAUCAACAGGCAGCAAGCUGGCAGAAGAGAUUGUAACAUAGGCUUUGUUAUUUAUACUUAACUUGCACAAAGUCAAAAUAAAUGGCCCUUACAGCCAUCAACACAGG